AUGUCUCAAGAUACAAUAAGAAUUGUAGUUUGUGGUGAUGAAUUUGUUGGAAAGUCUUCUCUUAUAGCAUCUUUGAUCAAAGAAAAAUUUGUGUCCAAUAUACAAAGAGUAAUACCUCCAGUAACAAUAUCCCGAGAUGAUUAUACAAACAGUUUAUCAGAAUAUGUAUCCAAGGCUGGAAAUUCUAAUAAAGCAGAUGUAAAUAGAUCAGAAGGAAAAUACACUAAAAAUGGAUUUAAAGAUAAUGAUAAUGGAAAUCAAAAGGUACUGAAAUAUGUUCCUCGGACAACAACAAUAAUCGAUACUACGUCUUCUGAUAAGACAAUACUCCAGAAAGAACUAAAGCGGGCAGAUGUAAUUUGGCUAGUUUAUUCGGAUCAUUACACUUACGAAAGGAUAUCUUUGCAUUGGAUGACAAUGUUCAGAUCUAUGGGGGUGAAUUUGCCGAUAGUUCUUUGUGCCAAUAAAUCUGACUUAUUAACCCAAGAUUCGUCGAUAUCUAUCAAAACACAGAAUUCCGAUGAAUUUGUUCUGUUGAUCAACGAGUUUAAGGAAAUAGAAGCAUGUGUACGAUGCAGUGCCAAGGAGAAUUAUAAUGUUGUGGAAGCAUUCUAUUUAUGCCAAAGAGCAAUUACACAUCCCAUAUCUCCAAUUUUUGAUUCAAAGGAAGGUAAUUUGAGACCAGCAGCGGUAGCAGCCUUGAAGCGGGUAUUUUUCUUGUGUGAUAAGGACCAAGAUGGCUAUUUAAGCUUUAGCGAAUUUUCAAUCCUCCAUCAAAAAUGCUUUAAUCAUGCGUCAAGUGAACAAGAAUACCAAAAUAUUCUCUCUGCCAUUAAUAGGAUCAUAUAUCCUGACGUCAAUUCGAAAGGUGAGACGAUUGGAAUUUCAGUAGAUGGCUUUAUAAUAUUGAAUAAAAUGUAUGCUGAACGAGGCCGCCAUGAAACUAUUUGGGGUAUACUAAGAACAUUCCAUUAUACCAAUUCUUUAUCUCUAAAUGAUAAAUUUUUAUUCCCACAACUAAAUGUUAACCCAAUUUCCAGUGUAGAAUUGGGUCCUAUAGGAUAUAAGUUCUUGGUUGAUCUUUUCCUAAAGUUUGACAAGGAUAAUGACGGUGGGUUGAACGAAGAAGAAUUAGCAAAUUUGUUUCUUCCAACUCCUGGGAUUCCAAGAUUAUGGAAAGAAUCGCAAUUUCCUUCAUCUAUUGUUUGUAAUGAGGAAGGGUACGUUUCGCUCCAAGGAUGGUUGGCACAAUGGAACUUGACUACAUUUUUAGACUAUAAGACAACCCUAGAGUAUUUGGCAUAUUUAGGAUUUGAUGAUAAUAGUUUGGUUAGCGCCGUGAAAGUUACCAAACCAAGAAAAAGAAGACAAAAGCAGGGGAAAUUCUAUAGACAGCCUGUUAAUGAUAGAAAUGUAUUCAAUUGCUUUAUAUUGGGAGCUCCAAAAUCUGGUAAAACAUCUUUAUUAGAACUGUUUUUAAGAGGAUCAUAUAGUGAUGUGUAUUCUCCUACAAUUAAGCCUAGGUUAUGUGUUAAAGAUAUCGAAUUAAGAGGUGGUAAGCAGUGCUACUUAAUUCUUGAAGAAUUAGGGGAGCUUGAGCCUGCUAUACUUGAAAAUAAAAGGAGACUAGAUCAAUGUGAUGUGAUCUGCUAUACUUACGACUCUUCAGAUCCAGAAUCGUUUCAAUACUUGGUGGAUUUGAGAGAAAAAUACUCAGCAUUAUUAGACGAAGUACCAUCUGUGUUCGUUGCGCUCAAAGCGGAUUUAGACAAACAAGAACAAAGGUCUGACGUUCAACCUGAAAAUUAUACCAGAGACUUGUUCUUGAGUUCACCACUUCAUAUAUCGUCUACGUGGACUACUUCCUUGCACGAGCUAUUUAUCCAAUUAGUGGAUGCUGCAAAAAUGCCCAGCUCCUUCACCCCUGGCCUUGAAAGAGAACCCGAGAAUCCAAAUAAUGAAAACGUUAAACAUAUAGUUAUGGCUGGAGGGGCUAUAUCUUUAAUGGCUAUAGUAUCUAUAUGGAUUUGGAAGAGUUCAUUGCAAAGUUCAAGAGCUUGA